AUGUUGUGGAAAGUCUCCAAGAUGUUUUUUAGUGGCUUUUUAGCACUAUCAUCGAUAUCGAUCACUACCCUUUAUCUCUACCAAAACCGUCUUGUCUACCCAUCAUGGGCCCAAGGCGCUAGAAACCAUGUCGAUACACCUGAUUCUCGUGGAAUACCCUAUGAAAAGCUGACUUUGAUCACGCAGGACCAGAUCAGGCUCGAGGCAUGGGAUAUUAAGAACGAGAACUCAACAAGUACCUUAUUGAUCCUCUGUCCGAAUGCUGGUAAUAUAGGGUAUUUUAUACCGAUAAUCGAUAUUUUCUAUCGCCAAUUUGGAAUGAGUGUCUUUAUUUAUUCGUAUCGUGGCUACGGUAAUUCGGAAGGUUCGCCAGGCGAACAAGGUUUGAAAUUGGACGCUGAUUGUGUCAUGUCACAUCUGUCGACGGAUCCAUUCCAUGCUAAGAGAAAACUGGUACUGUACGGUAGGUCUUUGGGCGGUGCCAAUGCCCUUUACAUUGCUUCCAAAUUCAGUAAUUUAUGCGAUGGUGUUAUAUUGGAAAAUACGUUUUUAAGUAUUCGAAAAGUUAUUCCUUAUAUUUUUCCCCUUUUGAAAAGAUUUACAGUUCUAUGUCAUGAGAUCUGGAAUUCGGAGGGCCUCAUGGGCAGUUGUAGUCCAGAAACACCAUUUUUGUUCCUCAGUGGGUUAAAGGAUGAGAUUGUACCACCCUUUCACAUGAGAAAAUUAUAUGAGACAUGUCCUAGUGCCAACAAGAAAAUUUUCGAGUUUCCGCUUGGUUCACAUAAUGAUACUAUUAUCCAAGACGGGUACUGGGAUAUAGUAAGAGAAUUCCUAGUAGAGAAAGGCUUUAUCUAA